AUGACCGAUCCCUUAUACGAGCUGCUCGUCCCCUACUUUGACCGCGACAAUGCCUCGCAGCGCCCUCGCCCUCCGGCCGCCGAUGCCACAACCGCCAAGUAUCUCGGUCGCUUAUCGACACUCUCCCUCUCGUCCUUGAACUCCACAGAGCUACAGUCCCUUUCGCAGUCCUCACAUUCGAGCCUCGUCUCGCUCCAGGCGCUCGCCAAUCGCUCACACAAGGCGUUCAUUGCUUCCGCCGAUAGCCUCUCCUCCCUCCAAACUUCCAUACCCAAACUUGCAGGCGAGACCGCAGCGUUACGAGAUGCCAUACCGAAACUCGACGAGGAGGCCGUUUCCUUCUCGUCACGGUAUAGCAAAAGCACCGAGAACCAGAUCCUGGAUAGGAGGAGGAAAGCGAUGCAACUAGCCCGGAAUGUGGAUCGGUUGUUAGACAUCUUAGAGCUACCAGCACUCUUAGCGACGGCAGUUUCCUCGUCAUCUGUCAAUGCUGGUGUGGUAGCGAGUGCGGCAGCGAGCACUAAUUACUCGUCCGCAUUGGAUUUGUUCGCGCAUAUCAAACGGCUUCAGACCCUCUAUCCCGAUUCUCCGCUGGUGAAAGACGUUGUUUGUCAAGCGGAGGAUUCGAUGAGAGACAUGGCGAGCAAUCUAAUCGCCAGCCUCAGAGUGCAGAAUAUUCGACUAGCUGCCGCGAUGAGGACUGUGGGAUGGCUGCGCCGUGUGGCGCCGGAACUUGAGCUGCCCGCCAGAGAAGGGCUUGGUUCUACGAAUAGUGAAGGGGCAUUUGGCGCGCUGUUUCUAGUUUGCCGGCUGGCCAACUUGCUAAAGAUGCUUGAUGCCUUGGAACCAUUGCGCGAACUUGCAGAUCAAGAAAAAGCUAAGCGUCUACAGCAGAAUGCAAAAUCUAGUGAUGCGGCAAGUGGUACAAAGGACCUGUGGUCAGGAGGCCAGCAAACAGAGCGGUUCCUGAAAAGGUAUAUUGAGAUCUUCAGAGAACAGAGCUUUGCCAUCGUGUCCAUGUACAAGAAUAUCUUUGCGCCCGCUCCCACGGAGGCCGAUUUGGCAGCCGCUUCUAUCCCUGGGUUGGAUCUCCAGAACCUGAAUCUCGACGGAAAGGGAUCGAAUCAGAAGUCAUCAGGCGGAGUCGAUGACCAAUUGCACCGACUGCCGCCGGCGCUAGCAACAUUUCCAAUGCACCUUGCACAGCUGUUGCUCGAUACCCUGAAAGAGUAUCUUCCUAACGUGAGGGACAAAGGAUCGCGGGAGAGCCUACUUACUCAAGUACUAUACUGUGCUGCAAGUCUAGGGCGGCUAGGGGGUGAUUUCAGCAUGCUUUUGUCAGCUUUGGGCGAGGAGGGCGAAGAUGAAGAUCAAGACACGGUCCCCGAGUGGGAGAGAAUGAUGAAGAACCACCGGAUGCUGGCUGAACGGUCUCUCCACACGAUCUGUUGUGUCCGGGGUGAUGGCUUGACGCCAUUCAACGGUUAUUCUUUGAAGAUCGUUCUUCCCGCACAGUCUCUCGACAACAUUCAAAUGGCUGCUCUCUCCGGCCCAUCAACUCCAAGCCUUUCUGGCGGGCUGAUCGACCCAACAAAACAAGCAGAAUAUCCUAUCCUCCUCGGCUCCAGGUUGGCUGGAAAGGAGCGCUCAAGGGCAGGUCGGUUUAUCAACGUUGCAUACAACUACAAAACCAAAGGCACCUCGCCACACCAAAAAUCCACGAUUGCCGCUGGCGAUGCAUCGGACCUCUACAAGCUUACCAUCCAGGACAAGGCCGGCAAUUCGGAACAGACAAAUCUAACGUACAUCUAUCAUGGCAGUAUUGAUCCCGCAUCUUCAGUAUCCGAGUCGGAAACAAGCAACCUGGUGUUAGUCUUUGAUCCGAAACGAAAAGCCUUCAUUCUCGAACCGGUUUCGACGAAGUUGAAUUUUAACCUCCGUUCUGCGCCGGGCAAGACGGAGAAGCAAGUGUUGGAACAAUACCAGCAACUCAGUAUUCUAUCGGAAAACGAAGGCACUUCGGGAGAUGGAGCGGAUGGAGACAAGGAUGAUGAUGAUGAUGCUUCGGGGACAGCAGACGAAGACAAUCCAUAUGACUAUAGGCACUUCUUGCCAAAGAAGUCGACAGAGACGGAAAGAAAAACCGAACGAGAAUCGACCCGGAGCACACCUGAUGCCCAUAGCCUUGCUGAUAAAACCCUCGCGCCCAACUCGACAACCUCGCCUCCAAAACCAAAACCGAAGCCUCUAUCGAGGAAUAAACCUCAAACCAAUCCGCUACGGCCCCAAACGAAACGAGUUACCAAACCUGCCGCCGCGAAAGUUGGGAAUCACCCCAAGACUAAACCAAAAUCAGCGCCUCGCGUUGACCCAGAAGACCUCGUCGAGGAAUUGUCGGCCCCGGAAGCGGAGCCCAAACCCGAGCCGGUAGCUCCGACUGCAGCGUCUAGUAACAACAUAAUAGUUGAUGGCAAUCUUAUUAUUGACCUAGGUUCCCCUCCGCCUGAACGACCUAAAUUCAAACUCAACCCUCGGGAUUUUGCAUCAGGUAAUACCUCCGCGAACGAGGGGGCUGUCGGUAGUGACCACAACGAAGAUGAAGAUAUUCGAUCGCCUUCUCCGCCAAGGUUAGCUGGUAGCCGCGCAUGGCAAACGCCUGCACAGCAGGAACCGGAAGAGGAAGAAGAGGAGGAGGAGGAGGAGGAGGAGGAGGACGAAGAGGAGGAAGUGAGUGACGAAGCUGAAAUUGAAGCCGAGCAGGAACCUGAUGACGAUAUGGCGGAAGAUGAUGGAUUUGCCGCUGAGAUGGAGGCAGCAUUCAAUCAAAGUGUAAGAGAGGAGGAAGAACAGAGGGCUAGGGAUUUGCUACUAGAGCAACAGCAGCAACGACAUAUUGUGAGCGAUGAAGAGAGCGAGGUCAGUGAAGAGGAGUGA